UCCAUUGUUAAAGAAAGUUUUAUGUCUUUUUAGUUACCUUCACAAAAGACUAUAUGGUUUUUACGUCCUUACUGUAAUCUACUGGCAACAACAAACAAUUCUAUCCUUUUAAAGGCAGUGAGUGACAGAGUCUUCAAGUUGAUUAUCGAAAUGUCAGAUGUUGGUGUAAAUAGUGAAAUGGAUGAAGAAAGUGAACAGGAAGACUCUUCAGAUAAGUUUGAAGAACAGUUGGAAUGUGAUCAAAAUUUGCCAGCAUUGUUGUUUGAUUACAAUGAAAUUGCUGAUUUGCUCUUGAAGACUGCCAAAUUCCCAGAAAUUAGACCUCAGAAUCGUUCAGUGAUGUAUACACUUGUGGCCCAAUUUAGAGACCUAGAGCAAGGAAUUUAUCCCCUUGAGAGAACCGAAGACAGUGGAAGUGACCUUGACCUUACAAAGGAGGAUAUUAAAGAUGCUCUCAGGUCUUUAAGACUUGAAGAAGAAAAUGUCAGGAAAGAAAAUUUUGCUUGGAAAGUCAAAGAAAGAAAAUUGAAAAAACUUAAUAAACGACAACCAAACGAUAAAAUUGGAAAUGAUGAGAAGGAAGAAGAGAACAUACCUUUAGAAGAAAGGCUGUCUGAUAAUAUGACUGUAACUUGUAAUGAAGAAAGUUUAUCUGAAACUGUUAUGAAUCAAACAGAAUCACUUUCAAAAAUUAAUUGUAAGAAAAGAAAACUGGGUGGAACUGAAGAUGAAGCUAAAUCGAUUGUUGUACCUAAAAAUUUUCGAAAGAGAAAAGCAAUAAAGAAAGAGAAAGGAAAAACACGAGAGAAAAAAUUUAUAGGAGAGAAGAGUUGUGUGGGAAGCCAAGAUUUAUACAAACGGGAUAAUAGACUGAAGAAAAUUGCCCAUACACAAUUGCCUAAUAAUUCUUUGCAGAAAAACAUAGAUCAUAAUGACAGCUUGAAUCAUAGUAAAAAUGAUGAGGACGUUUUUCUUACAGAAAGUGAAAAAUACAGUUGGAGAAGUAAUGAAUCCAAGACAGAAGAACUUGGAAAAUCAACAGAAUCUGAAGCAAGACUCAUAGAAUCAAGUUAUGUUCCAAACAGUAGUCCUUCAACCAGUUGGAAAACCCAAACAUUGAAUAAAGGUACUCUAAGGAAUGAUGAAGAAAAACAAAAUAAUGAAGACUCAACACCUAAAGUGGAUUCUGUUAGUGCACCUUGUCCAUUUGCCAGAUUUAAAAAAAACUUGCCUAAACAUUCAGUAUUUUUCAGAAAAUCAAUCAGUAAGGUUAAGAAAAACAUGCCACAGAAAUUAAGUAAAGCAUCAAAACCUAAGCAGAUUCAUAGAGAUGGUAAAAAAAGUGAACUUUCUUCUAUCCAGAAAUAAAACUCAAGAUCCAGGAGAAUACUUACAAAAUGUAAGAAACAGUCCAUCUAUUCCAUUUGAUGCUUCCAAAAGACCUUCUCAAGGAGUCUUAAAGAAAGCACUACAUUCCAAGAAAAAAACUAAGUAGUUUCUUCAGUGGCAUCUUCAUACCAACAGCAUGGACACACAGAAAAAAUGUUUUCUUCUAGUUUUAGUGAUAUAAAUAGAUUUACCAGUUUAUCACUGUGUAUGAAAAAGUAAAUUUUUUUUUCAAGUAGCAAGUAAUAAAACAUGGAAGCUUUUGUGAAA